CAUUAUAUGCUCAGGUGUAUCAAGUUGGAAUAGAUUAAUUCUGUACGUGUGGUCAAAGUUUUUACUUGUUGUAUGGUUAAAGUCUCAUUGGAUUUAGUGGUUUGGUUGUCGUUUCUCGGAAUAUCAUAAUGGAAUGUAUUGCGAAGUUUGACUUUCAAGCAACCGCUUGUGACGAAUUGAGCUUUCGGAAAAAUGAUGUUUUGAAAGUAUUGAACACAGAAGAUGACAGAAAUUGGUGCAAAGCUGAAGUUGAUGGAAGAAGCGGUUUCAUUCCAAAGAAUUAUAUCGAUAUUAAACCAAACUAUUGGUAUCAUGGGCGUAUUUCAAGACUAGAAGCUGAGAAUAUACUCGGACAAAAGCCUCUACCAGACGGAGCAUUUUUAAUUCGUGAAAGCGAAAGUUCCCCAGGCGACUUCUCUCUCUCAGUCAAAUAUGGUGAUGGAGUCCAACAUUUCAAAGUCCUUCGAGAUGGUGCCGGAAAAUAUUUUCUAUGGGUCGUCAAAUUCAAUUCACUAAACGAUUUGAUCGAUUACCAUCGUACUCAGACCAUAUCCAGAACACAAAAAAUCCUUCUCAAAGACGUUCCACUGGAGUCUAAAGGACACCCAUCUGAUCAGGGUCCCAAGCCAGGAGACUUAUCAAGACCAGGAGCCGAGAAUCACAAUAUGCUGCAGAAUUUUAGCGUGACUGCUAUUUAUGAUUUUACUCCGCAAGAGCAUGGUGAACUUCCUUUCAAGCGACAUGAAGUGAUUACAGUUAUAGAUUGGAGCGACGAGCAUUGGUGGCGGGGCAAGCUUCAAGGCCGAACCGGAAUCUUUCCUAAUAACUAUGUCUCUGUCAAGCAAGAUGUUGUCGAUCGACUUCGAAGAGCCGGAUAUAACGUUCCCAACAAUACCAUCGCAAAACCAUGAUAAUCCUAAAAAUCGCAAACAAGAAAAAAAAAUCAGGGUGGACUAUAAUAAUCCAUGCUUUUUUUACACUUGGUUCGUGAAAGCAUGUGCAUGGAUGAGUCGUGCCUCACAGGUACGAAUCAUCCAUGCACCAUGCUUGAACGAACAUAAACUGGAUAUGAAAAUUCAAAUAUUAUCUCAAAAUAAUUUUCUGAAAUUGACCUGACAGUUAGUAUUUCACCCUGAGUGAUCCAUUUUUAGCUCUUUAGGUUUUUGAAUGUCCAAUUCCAGCAGACGAAGAAGCAAUUCCAACAAUUGUAUGCAAUAUACUUUGGUGUAAAUAGGCACCAUAAUUUUUAGAAAGCUUUCUCUAUUUCCAGAGUGUUUCGGCAUAGUUGAUUGCGUAAUUUCAGCAUGUACAACAUUCUAAUUGCCAUUUUAUAUUAAAAAGUUGGCAGUCACAACAGCCUGCCAAAUAAUAUAACUCUGUCUGUACUAGAAUUUUUUUUGAAAGGAGAGUUUUAAUGAUUUUUGAGUUUUUUCUUCGAGAAAUAUAUUGGGUAGAUCUACGUAUCUUCUUUCUUAACCAUACCAAUCAACUUUGUGAAUGACUUUUGAGUUUUGGUAUUCCUAUGUUAUACUACAAAAAAAAUUGUAAAAUUGAUGCUAGAUUUUCUUUUUUACUGUUAGGAUUUCUUGUUCUCUCAAAUUGAUUCAUUAAUAUUAUUCUCUCAUUCAUAAUCUUGUGUACAGUUCUCAUCUAAUUAAUUGUUAUUAUGUCUGUUCUUGUUUCUCUUUUCCUCAUUUAUCAAAUUAUGAAUGAUAAUAAUGAUAUAUUGUAAUUUAGAAUACUUAUCACCGUUACAUAUGUCGAUUCUAUUCUUGAAUUUUUUAUUUCAUCUCACUCAUUUCAACUCGAAUGACUCGAAAGUUUGUUAACGACAAAAUCUCAAAUUGAGGCAGUUUUUAUGUCUCAAAUCUAUCGGUUUCAUUCCCUUCAUCUGGAAAACAUCAACUUGAACGGAUAUUAUAAAAUGUUUCAAAUAAGCUGAAAACAGUGGCGUAUCUAGGGUGUGGCAGCCAUGGCCAGUGCCAAGGGCGCGUUCGAACAAGGAAUAAACUAUUUCAAAUUGGAAAUAACCGAAACUAGUAUUUUUACUCAAAUGGUAACUCACAAGUAUCUCAUUUCAAUAACAGUCAUCAUAAAUUGUCAACCAACUAUCAAGAGGGUGGGGCGCCUUUUUGAACUUUACAAUCCUUUUUGAACUUUACAAUGGGCGCCAAUUUGAGUAGAUAUGUUACUGGCUGCAAAAUGCGGUAAAAAAUGCUUAAAGAAUUUGGUUUAUUAAAAUCACUGUUUGAUUUCACAAAUUUACUUAAAAUUCAACAUAAAUUAUGAUAAUUCUGCAAAAUAAUUUAUUUAGGACCCUGGACACGAAUAUGUAUUCAUAAGCCUAUACGUUAAUCAUUGAAAAUGUGCUAGUUGGAAGAAGUUAUCAAAAUCAUAUCUCCCUGUUUUGAGGAGUUUCACUUACCUCCAAACUGCACUGUUUUAAAAUAAAAUAUCACUCUAUAUAAUUUGCUGUAUUUCUUGACUUUUUGUGAACGAAUCAGUUUUUAAUAUAAGAAUUUUCAACGCCUUGCCAAUAAUGACCAUGAAAAUCAAAGCAUAUUCUAUAUGAACAUCCUUAUUUCCAUGUGUUUCAAUAUUUAUCAAUAGGUGUAUGCUUAUCACCAUCAAAUUGGUAUGAGAUAUGGAUCCUGAGUGUAUUUUUAUAUAUGCAUAUCCAGCCUGUUAAUAAUUCUUAGUGAUCUAAUUGUAUUUUCGUUUGCAUAUUCUGAAAAAUCUAUCAUGUUUAAUUUGGUUGUGUAUUCCAAUAAUUUCUGCCAGCAAACUAGGUGAUUGUAUGUAACUCAGUCAAAGGUUGAAUUGUAUAAGCUAUUGUUGAAUUUGGAUACUAGAUACUUUAAAUAUUUUUCAAACAUGUUUCAUGUAUUGUUUGUCGAUCAUGAAUUUGAUACGGAUAAUUUUUUAUGUGGGACCGGUAAACUAAAAAUAAUUUUCUUUCAGGUUACACGUUACAGUGUCCAAAUACAGCAAUAUGUCAAUGCGGUGAUUUCAACAAUUUUAAUUUCACAGUACACUGUCAAGGAUUCUUUUUGAGAUUUGGUUUUCAGUUAAGACAUUUUUAAAGCUGCCGCUUGGAGAUGGUCGAAUCUUGUUUACAAAUGACUUUAUUGCCUUCUAUUAUAAACUGCUAUGGUUAUAGUUGCCACAAAAGUUGUCUCAAUAAUACCAUGUAUAGUGAUAAUUGUAAAUAUAAUAUUUGUGUAUUAUUGUA